GCGUGAAGAACUAUCUGCACAAAGGUAACAAUGUUUCGCGUUGUGUGUCGCCGUCUCUGGGUGAACAGGCGCUGUCAAGCGGGUAUCAAUUGCCGUUUUGAAGUCACUCAAAGGUUCUUUACCAGUGAAGACAGCCCCAUUGAAGCUGAGGGUUACAGGGACUUGCAAGUUCUUACGAGACAUCAAAAACAGCAAUAUGAAAGACUUGGGUAUCUAGUGGUUCCAGAUGUCUUCAGCAAGGACCAUAUUGAACAAAUGAGGAAAGAGUUGGAUGGAUAUAUUGAACGGCAAGUAAUAAAAUUUGGCUCUUUAUUCCAAGGAAGUGCAUGUUCUGUAAAAGACCAGAGACAUUAAUGUACCUGACACAUGAAUGUUUCCUGGGCAACCAUUGUUGUAAUGAUUUAAAUUUAGAGUGACAAACUACCCAAAAGACCACUAUCAUAAAUAGUGGGUCCAAUUAUUAAUCUUCUGUAUGCAUAUAAUGU